AUGGCAGCCGCGGCUGCUACCUUUGUGCUGUGUGGCGGUUGCCGCAUUGGCAACAGCGGCAAUGCCAUACCGAGCCCCUUCCCCUUCUGGAGCGACCUCAUCAUAGAGACGCGCAAGCGGGGCUUCCCAGACUUUGUCAAGCUGCACGCCCAACAUGGCCCGCUUUUCUACUGGCGCUUCCUGGGGCCCCGCAAGCUCUUUGUGGGAAGCUUUGAGGCCGUCAAGCAAUUGCUGGGGCCCUGGGGUAUGGUGAACAUCAGCGGCAAGCAGCACGCACGCGUCAAGCGCCUGGCGCAGGCGGCCUUCACACCCAGGGCCAUCCGUGGCUACUUGCCACGCAUGCAGACCAUUGCGGAGCAGGCGGUGCAGAAGUGGGCGGCAGAUGGCGACAUCCUGUGGUUCACUUUCCGCAUUGCGGUGGAGAUCAUUGUGGGGUUCGACGAUGGCUGGACCAGUCCCCGGCAAUUCCCCACCAUCAGCGCAGAGUUCAAGACAUGGCUGGAGGGCCUGUUCAGGCGAGUUAGGCAGCAGCACUUGGACCGCACCCGCUUCUUCCCACUGCCCAUCCCCGGCACUGCCUUUGCACGCGGCAUGAAGAUGCGGGCGGCGCUGAUGCGCCGCAUCCACGCCAGCCUGGACCUGCUGGAGGAAAGGAAUGCAGCAGCGGCGGCUGGUAGCCCUGGGGAAGCUAGCGGCCACAAUGGCGAUGCGGGCUCGCCUGCUGCAGAGCAGCGCACCACUCUGGACUUUCUAAAGAGCAGCAGGGACGAGAAUGGCAACACUCUGACCAGGCAAGCAGAAGGCACGGAGCAAAUUGCCGACACUGUGCUGACCCUGCUGUUUGCGGGGCACGACACCAGCAGCUCUUCCCUCACCCGCAUCUUCCACCACCUGCACAACCACCCCGAGGCCGCAGAGCGUCUGAGGCGGGAGCAGGCGGAUGUGGUUGCCAAGCAUGGCUCUGUCAUCACCGAGGCGGCGCUGCAUGACAUGCCGUAUGCAGACGGGGUGGUGCGCGAGACCCUGCGCAUCACCCCCAUUGUCGUCGGUUUCUCACGGGUGGCGUUGCAGGACUUUGAGCUGUGCGGGUACACAGUGCCGGCUGGCACUGGCAUGACCUGCAGCCUGGCGCAGCCACUGCUGACCGAUGCCAGGUGGCAGGGCGAGGAGCAGCCGCUGGCCUUCAAGCCUGAGCGCUGGCUGGCCGGUGCGGCGCUGAAGCAGGGCGCCUGGAUUCCCUUUGGCGGCGGCCAGCGCCUGUGCCUGGGCUGGCUGCUGGCGAUGACCGAGAUGAAGGUGCUGCUGGCGGCCAUCUUCCGGGGGCAUGCCAUGGAGCUGCGCCAGCCGGAUGAGCCCUGGGUGUCAUUCCCGCUGGCCAGGCCCAAGUGCAGCAUGCCCGCGCGGUUUGUGGCUGUCAAGGACGCCGAGUGA